AUGGCCGACGGCCGCGCGGACGGUUGUGUGACGCAGGGCUGGUACAGAGCGAGAGGGAGAAGGGGGAACUGGGAGCUCACCAGCAACACCUUGGAGGUCACGGCGAGGUGGGAGGGACAAAAUAAGUAUGAGAAGGAUGGCUUCGUAGUGGAUGAUGCCAAUGAAGAUGAGGAGGAGGAGGAGGAGGAGGAGGAGGAGGAGGAGGAUCUCUCCUCCUUCACACCCAAAUCUCCAAUCCGCAAGCCCUACAUCCCAGACGAGCUAAGUGAUCCCACUGUCUAUCCUGAGAUACACGCCGCCUUUGAGGACGCCCACGCCAAAUACAUAGAGAAAUUGUGCCGUAGGACAGCUCUCUUCACUUCUAAAUAUAGGCGCAAGGAGGUACGUUCGUGCCUGUUUAAUGAUGAGCACCUUCAUCCCAUCCGUGAAGCUGCAAAAAGGGCGGUCCUUCACGCCGCUAAAUCCGUCAUCAGGCUCUCAUCCUCUCUCGAGGGGGAGCCGCUGACAAACUGCUGUGGUUUGUGGAUUGGCUGGGACAGGGAGAGCAAAACAGGCACCAUUUUGACGACUGCACAUCUCAUUCGCUCAAAGCAUCCCGUGGAAGACCACUGGAUAGGUAGAGAUGAGUACGAUAUUAAAGCCAAUGUUACUGUUCACUUGCGCGAUGGCACCACCGCAGAAGGCCACUACCUCUACCACCAGGAGCAUUAUGAUCUUGCAUUUUUUAAGGUUAGAGUGGAUGAGGAGGUCCAGUUCCCCUAUUUUAAUGGUACCGUGCACUGUGGUCAAGACGUUUUCCGACUUGGAAGAGACCAAAGCAUGGAUUUGAGGAUAACGCAUGGUAGAGUGGAAUAUUGGAAUCCAGCAAGUAUUGAAAGAUAUCACUACAUGUACUUUCUCCACGAACAGGAUGACUAUCUGUGUGAUGACGAUGGAGGGCCCGUCAUUGAUUUGGAGGGGAAGGUUGUGGGAUUAAUUAAUAAUCACCUUAGCGCUUCUUUUGUACCUUCUUCUAUUUUGGAAAAGUGUGUGGGUUUGUGGACGAAGUUUGGGUGCAUCCCUCGGCUCCACCUUGGAAUGAGGUUUGAUUCCAUGAGGCUUCUAGACCCUGUUAAUGUUGAGAAGAUGUGGCGCAUGCAUAACAUUGAGGACGGCCUUAUUGUUGAAGAGGUGUCAAAAGACUCGCAUGCUGAGAAACGUGGAAUCUGCUUUGGUGAUAUUAUUGAAUGUUUUAAUGGAAAGCGCAUUUCUACUACCAUUGAGUUGGAGAACAUGUUGCUGGUCAGAUGCAAGGACCAUUUUGAUCAAGGAAAUAAAUUGAAUGCCAAAAUAAAUGUUUCAAUUCAAGUAUUUCACCCGGCAGAACGUCUCAGAAGAACUAUAAAUUUGAAUGUAGAAGUAUCAGAUCAUGGAGAGAUCAUUACAAAAGGCACUUACCCCAUCACAGCUACAGAAGAGACGUCUGCUACAGUGCAAUCUAGCCAAAAUGUGGCAGGUUUAAAAUGUCUUGCUGCCUGUUGAGUUGGAACCUCCUGGUGGCUGUCUCCUAGAGUAUUGCAGUUAUGACUAGUUGUAGCAUGUAUAUAGUUAUGUAUGUGUGUAGUACUUCUAAAGUUUAAAUUAUGGUGCCUUUGUAAGAUGCAAUUCAUGGAAAGUAGAAUCUGCUUAUUUAGAGGACAUGUUACUGGGUACUUUUGCACAUUAUCUCUGUAUGGAAGUGUUGCAUGCUGAAUUGAAUUGGCUAAGCUAGAGAGAAACUUUUGGCGCAA